AUUGCAUCGAUGAUUUACUGUGAUUAAGUUUCAAAUACAAUUAACUAGCCUUUUCGGUCAAAGACCUCUAUGAGGAAAUAUAUAUAACAUCUUCGUUGACGAAAAGAGACCAGUCUUUCCUGUCAACAAACUCCAUAUAUUAAAGAGAAAUUUCAUGAUCAGUUUUUGUUGUCUUUAUUUAUAUACUUGAUUAUGUUUGACUUGAUAAACAAAUGUCUUGCUGUUCCUUACAAAAAAAAUAUAUGACUAGAUGUCCCUUAAGCCAAAAAAACAUACUCCUUCCAUAUACAAAACUAAAAUUUUUUAGAAUUUAUUAUUGUUCCAUAAAAAUAGAUUUUUUAUAGUUUAAGGUAUUUUUGUAUACUUUUGAAAAAUAUUAAUGGUGAAUAUUUGAAUUGAUUAAAUUUUAUUGGUGAAUAGUUAUUGGAAAAUGUAUUAAAAGAUAAAUUGUAAAUUAAAUUGUAAAUAUUUAUUAUAUUUUUAAUAAACGUUGAAAACUCUAGAUACGGAGGAAUUAUAAGACAUUUGACAUAAAUGUUCAUACAUGUUGUUGUUACAUGCACAUAUGACCAGAAGUCCAUAGCAAUCUCGAAAAACGUGGUUAAUAAGACUAACCAGAUACUGUAAUUAAUUGUAGGUUGAAACGUCAUGAAUUUACAUUAAAUUAAUAGAUUUUUUUUUUGGCAACACAUUAAAUUAAUAGAUUAAGUGUAUCGAAGUCCCCAAAAUAAAAAAACGUUUCGGCGUAAUAAUAACUUUUCACGCCUAGAUACACAUAAAUAUGUACACGCCUAGAAAUAUAUCCUGAUACAUCUUUUAGUUUUAAACGUUUUAAGAGAGAAAAUGAUGAAGACGAUGAUGAUGAUGGCAAUGAUGAUGGGAGUUGCGAUGGGAGAUAUUGUAGAUAAGACAUGCAAACAGACACCUGACUACAGUCUUUGUCUCUCUCUCCUUCGCUCCGAUCCACGUAGUUCCUCCGCCGACACCGUCGGCCUUGGUCUCAUUCUCGUCGACAAGAUCAAGGCUCUAGGGACUGAAACUCUUGGGCAGAUCAACAUGGCGUACAAAACAAAACCCAUGCUCAAAAAACCACUGGAUGAAUGUAAUCUGAGAUACAAGACGAUCGUAGACGUUGACGUCCACACAGCCAUUAUAGCUAUCAGAGGAAACCCUAAGUUUGCGGAGGGUGCAAUUGUUGACGCCGGCGUUGAAGCCUCCGUCUGCGAAGGAGGGUUUCCCAAAGGCCAAUCUCCAAUAACCGGUUUGACCCAGAAAAUGAACAAGAUCUGCGAUGUAACCAGAGCCAUCGUCCGCAUGUUGCUCUGAAUAAUAAUGUUUCUUGUAACUGUUACCUUAUUGAAAUUAAGCUGAUAUAAAACCAUCGAUCCAUACCUAUUUAAACC